UCAUAGAUUCUCUCUCUCUCUCACUCUCUCAUCAUACUUUAGUUUUCCUUUAUCUUUCUCUCUCUCACACACCCAAUAUCCUCUUUUUUCUCAUUCACACAAACACAUAUAUAAAUCUCAACCCCUUCCUCUGUUUUUUUCCAAAGAGAAAAGAAAAGAUCAGAGUGAAAGUUUGCAAGUGAGGUAAUGAAGAUAAUAGGAAGAAGAAGCUGCCAUGGAGAUGAAAGAUGUGAAGAAGAAGAUAAAGAAGAGACCCAAAUUGAUGAUGAUGAUGAUGAAGAAGAAGAAGAAGAAGAAGAAGCAUUGUCUCUGUGUGAUCUUCCUGUGAAAGAAAAGCAGCAGCCAACGAGAUCGGUAUCGACCACGGUCGUCGAAACUGAUCAAGACUUUGAUUUCAACCACUGGCGGCCGCCACCGUCUCCUAUGUUGACAGCGGAUGACUUGUUCUUUCAAGGACAUAUGCUCCCUCUACGUCUCUCAUUCAGCUCUGAAAAUUCCCAGAAUAAUAAUGGAAAUUUAUGGUGUAGAUCGGAGUCUAUGGAUGGUAAUAAUAUGUUGAGGUUUAGAAAUGAAAGCACUAGUAGCAGUAGCAGUAGAAGCCAUUAUUCAAGGUCAUCAAGUCUAAGUAACAAUUCCAUUUCCAUUCCAACAAACUCAAAGCCAAGACCUUCAAACAACAACGUUUUCCACUCUCACCCAAGUCCAACCCCCCAAAUCAGAUCCUUCUCAACAUCCAGCCACCGGAGCCGGAGUUCCUCUCGAUGGGAGUUUUUCCGACUCGGACUUCUCCGAACGCCAGGAAUGGAGCUUCACGAUCUCAAAACUCGCACCACUACCACAACGACGACAACGACAACGACAUCGACGGCGCAUAAAACAACCGCAUCAAUUCUGGGUGUGGUGAGCUGCAAAAGAUCAGUUGAGACAGUACCAACGACGACAGGAUCGAAGAAUAGAAUAAGAAGGGAAAACGUUUUGGAAAACAAUAAAAAGAAUAACGAUGAUAAUAAAGUUGAAAUUAGGGAAAAGGAAAAGGAAAAGGAAAGAAGAGUGUCACAUCGUCGAACAUUUGAAUGGCUAAAGCAGCUCUCGCAUGCAACCUUUGGAGAAGAACAAUGAUAAUAAAUUGAGCCGUUACGUUUAAUUUUGACUUAACUAACAAUUUUCCUCUCCCUCAUGCAUGCCUUUCUCUGCUACUUUAAUCAUUUAAAUUCCCACUUACUAAUUUCGCUUUUCUCUUCCUUUUUAAUUCAUUGAGACUAAUUGAUCGAUGUA